AUGGCGGCGAUGGCGGCGGCGAUGGCGGCGGCUCUGCGGGGGCCCGGCCGGCGCUUCCGGUGGCGGACGCAGGCCUUGGCGGGAGGGGUGCGGGGUGCGGCUCGGGGCGUGGCAGCAGGACAACAGGACUAUGAUCUCCUGGUGAUUGGUGGGGGAUCUGGUGGCUUGGCUUGUGCCAAAGAAGCUGCUCAACUGGGAAGGAAGGUGGCUGUAGUCGACUAUGUGGAGCCCUCUCCCCAAGGCACCAAGUGGGGCCUUGGCGGCACCUGUGUGAAUGUGGGCUGCAUCCCCAAGAAGCUGAUGCAUCAGGCGGCACUGCUUGGGGGCAUGAUCCAGGAUGCCCACCACUAUGGCUGGGAGGUGGCUCAACCCAUCCGGCAUGACUGGAGGAAAAUGGCAGAAGCUGUGCAAAACCAUGUGAAGUCCCUGAACUGGGGGCACCGUGUCCAACUGCAGGACAGAAAAGUCAAGUACUUUAACAUCAAAGCCAGCUUCAUCAAUAAGCACACUGUUUGUGGCAUCGCAAAAAGUGGGAAAGAGACUCUGCUUUCAGCUGACCACAUCGUCAUUGCUACUGGAGGACGGCCGAGGUACCCCACACACAUUGAAGGUGCCUUGGAAUAUGGAAUUACAAGUGAUGACAUCUUCUGGCUGAAGGAAUCCCCUGGAAAAACGUUGGUGGUUGGGGCCAGCUAUGUGGCACUGGAGUGUGCUGGCUUCCUCACUGGGAUUGGACUGGACACCACUGUCAUGAUGCGCAGUAUCCCCCUUCGGGGCUUUGACCAGCAAAUGUCUUCUUUGGUCAUGGAGCACAUGGAGUCUCACGGCACCCAAUUCCUGAGGGGUUGCAUCCCCACCUGCAUCAAGAAGCUUCCAGAUGGCCAACUCCAGGUUACCUGGGAGGACCGCACCUCUGGCAAGAAGGACACAGGCAUCUUUGACACUGUCCUGUGGGCCAUAGGUCGAAUUCCAGAAACCAGAAAUCUGAAUCUGAAGGAAGUUGGAGUGAAUAUAAACCCUGAGAAUCAAAAGAUCAUUGUUGAUGCCCAGGAUAUCACCUCUGUCCCCCACAUCUAUGCCAUUGGAGAUGUUGCUGAGGGACGGCCUGAGCUGACACCCACAGCUAUCAUGGCAGGGAAGCUUCUGGCCCAGCGGCUCUUUGGACAAUCCUCAGACCUGAUGGAUUAUAACAAUGUUCCCACUACUGUCUUCACUCCAUUGGAAUAUGGCUGUGUGGGGUUGUCAGAAGAGGAGGCUGUGGCUCACCAUGGACAAGAGCAUAUUGAGGUUUAUCACGCAUAUUAUAAACCACUAGAGUUCACAGUGGCUGAACGGGAUGCAUCCCAGUGUUACAUAAAGAUGGUGUGCCUGAGGGAGCCCCCACAGCUGGUGCUGGGCCUGCACUUCCUCGGCCCCAACGCUGGUGAAGUUACUCAAGGAUUUGCUCUGGGGAUCAAAUGCGGGGCCUCCUAUGCACAGGUGAUGAGGACAGUAGGCAUCCACCCCACCUGUUCUGAGGAGGUGGUCAAGCUACGUAUCUCCAAGCGCUCAGGCCUGGACCCCACUGUGACUGGCUGCUGAGGUUAAGCCAUCAUCCCUGCAAGGCCAAGGGUACACGACAUGCUGCUCCCCACUGCCAAGGCUCCUAAAAAGCCCAGAUCCAGGACUAGAAGGCGAGAAUUGGAUGAGUCUCUUCCCCUCUUCUGUUUGCAUGGGAGCAGCGUGUAUCUGCACAGAUGGCUGGUGUGCCCUGCAGGGAUGGCUCCAGGGGUAGGUAGUCAGCCCCUUUCUCCUCUUCUACCUGGGCUAGCGCCACUGCCCAACCCAGACCCCUAAAUGCCAAAUGAUGACGGCCUGGGCAGAAACCCACUCUGUGGGCUGCCCAUGUCCGAGCCCCCUGGCGUUUCUGGAUUGUAAAUAAAGAGGAUGUUUUCCUAAA